AUCAUCAACAGCAUCAACAUCUCAACAAUAGCAACAACAACCAACAAUCCAAUCUUCUCUGCCACUUCAACAAUAACUUCCAAUCCACACCACCACCACCAAACCAACCUACCAACCAUCACCAUGCAGUUCACCAGCACCAUCAUCUCCACCAUUCUGGCCCUCGCGGCCUCUACCACCGCCAUCCCAACCUCCAUCCCCAUCCCCACAAUUACCCUCAAGGUCUACAACGACAUGACUGGCGCCUCUGCUACCGCCAGCGUCCCGGCCGACGGUGUCCCACGCUUUGUUACUGACCUCUUCCGAGGCAGUGCCAUCUCUAGCGCCAGCGGCGACAUCUUGGGCACCUCAGCCCAGCUCACCGGCUUCCAAGACCUUACAAAGUGCCAGCUUCUCAACCUCAACAUUCCUGGCUGGACCAUUGAUCUCGAUGGUCGCGCCAAGAACUUUGUGGACCUCGAUGGCGAUGUUACCAAGCCUAUUCCCACUUGGCUCAACGGCUUCACUUUCCACUGCGAGAAGCCUCAGUAGAGAACUCACGAGAUGACGGAGGACGAUAGGAUGCUUAGAUGGGAGGUUCGAGAGAGUAACGUUUUACGAUUUUCUUACAUUCAUUUGCAUAGUCUUGGGGAGAGAGUGUGGCAUUAGACGGUUUGGUAGCAUUGGGGGAUAGAACUCUCUGCAUCUUUUAGUGUGUUUGUUUUGUUUUACGACAGUCCUUACUUUAGAUUUGCAUAUAAACAAUAGAAACUUGCUUUUGCAUUCAC